CACUGUCAGACUAUAUUUGACAUUGACAUUCGAAUAGAUGACUUUUUAAGUAUCCAGAUCCAAAACACAAGUUACGAUUAAAAGAACAGUUGGAAACCUUGGUUGCGUUGUAAAUUCUAGGACAUUCCAUACAUCAUUGUUUAAAAGAAAGUCAUUUUUAUUUAAUACAGUUCCAAUAAAGAGAAACAAUGGUGUGCGUUCCUUGCUUUAUCAUUCCAGUUUUACUGUUUUUGUGGCAUAAAUUCAUUCAGCCUUACGUGCUACGUUUUUGGAACCCGUGGGCUGUUAAAGAUGCUGAUGGCAAUGUGAAGACGGAAUUUCCCUUCAAAUGUGAAGGGGGUGUUUGUGCAUUUAGCAGAAAGGCAGUUGAAAAAAACGUUACUGAAGUUGCACAGAAAGAUUCUUCGGAAGCCUCUAAGACAUCCGACAUUCGAUUAAAAUCUGAUUAACUUAUAUGAGUAUAGUUAUUUUAUGAUUUAUAUUUACUCUGGAACAUUUAUUUACGAAAGUAUUAUCCCUCUAAUAUAUUGUUAAUUUUUUUUAAUUUUAUUUUCAAGGUCACAUAUUAGUUCAAUCUACACUAGGACAGGACAGGAUAAAAAUAAAAGAUGUUACUAAUUUAUAUCUAAUGAUUAUUGAAAUGAUUUUGGUCUAUGAUUUUCUUUUAUAUCAUAAUACAAAUUCUGUUGGCUAGAAGAUUAAAGAUUUAAUGUAAAAACACAAAAUUCCAAAAAAAUAGCAUGAAAAGAAAUAAACUACAAAUUCAAA